AAACCGCCAUACCACGGAGUCAAAAUCCAAAUUCAUUUAUGGUUUUGUUAACAUUCAUACUCCAAUAUUCCUUCACUUUUCUACAUAAAAUAAAGACUUGAUGAUAUUUGUCAGUAAUACAACAUUCUUGAAUUGAAAGAAUGCGAUGCUUUGCUGCUGCCGCUGGUGAUGGUGAUGGUGAUGUUGUGACGUUAAAGCUUUUGCUUCAGCAAUACCAGUAAUUUCUCAUACGCAGAAGAAAUUCUGCGUUCAAAUUUUGUUUAAAGUAACUCUAUCAUGGCCACGAUGAGCUCGAUAUCAAACGUUGAAAAUCUCUCGCCACAAAUAAUUCGGCGUGUAGUCAAAGAGAUGACCGACCUGUCCAAUCAACCUCCUGAAGGGAUUCGAGUCAUACUAAAUGAGGAGGAUGUAACUGAUAUCCAGGCCAUCAUAGAAGGACCUGCUGGCACUCCAUACGCCAAUGGAUUUUUCAGAGUUAAACUCGCUCUAGGAAAGGACUUUCCGCAAGGACCACCCAAGGCCUUUUUCUUAACAAAAAUAUUUCAUCCAAAUGUUGCAAAAAAUGGAGAAAUCUGUGUGAAUACUUUGAAAAAAGAUUGGAAAUCAGAUCUCGGAAUACAGCAUAUAUUAUUGACAGUGAAAUGUCUACUUAUUGUCCCUAACGCCGAAUCAGCUUUGAAUGAAGAAGCAGGUAAACUACUUUUAGAAAGGUACGACGAUUAUUCGGAACGUGCCAAGAUGAUGACUGAAAUUCAUGCGCUGGGUGGUGGAAAAGGAACUAAGGCAGGCCUAGAGAGUUCUGCUUCCUCCAACAGCGACGGUCCUCUGCCAAAAAAGCAUGCGGGAGACAAAAAGUUGGCUGCAGAAAAAAAGAAAAUAUUAAAAGACAAAAAAAGAACACUCAAGCGGUUAUGAAGGGCUGCAAAUAUUACCCUUGUUUUUGGUCUAUUAAAACUUUUGUGUGGCCAAGCUGUCUUAUGUUGUACACAGACACUUCAUAUUAAAAAAGAAAAAUUUAUUAUAUAAAGAUGACUGACCUUGUUAUUAGGUAAUUAGAAAGAAUUUAACUAGCAUUAAUGAUAAAGAGAAAAUGUAAGACUCUUUGGCUGAGAGUAUAAGUUAGGAAAACGCUAAUUUUCUGUUUCAAUCACACGGUAUAGGUAUAUCUCUACGAGUGCAAAAAAAAAAAUAAAUAAAAUAAAGAAUUAAAAAUAAUUUAGGCGACACCACCUGGUCGGCAUGGCCUUGGACUAGUUAAUAUUUUUACAUAUGUACAGAAAAGUAUAUUAUAUGAUGAAACUAGAUUACUUAAAUUAAAUCUAAGCUACUCUAGAAUUUUACCUGUUACGCAUCGUCACGCGAUUCCAGAGUUUACGUUACAUACAUUAUACGCUCGUCAAAGAUCAGUGCUGCUCCUUCAUAGUGCAAUUUCAUCACGGGGCAGGAUAUUAAUCGACUUAUUUCUCUUUUUUCAUCUCUACUCUUGAAUAGAUCACUGUACAAUAAAACUGGGAUUUAACUGUCUUGAUAACAAAGCUUGAAUCUGCGUGUAGUGAACAGUCUUGUGACUGGCUAUGAAUUAUUUCAUCUCAAAAAAUGGACUGUAAAAAUUUAGUCCUUCAUUUGGCCCUACAUGGUCCUACACAUUUACGAAUAGAGUUUAUCAUUAUUAUUUCACAGUGAGACAGAUUUAUUUUUUUGGCUUAUUUUAGAAAAAUGCUACAAAUGAUUUGUUCAACGAAUUUGCUCUUUUCUAUGUCAAAAAAGUGUCACACUUAAAUCCAAGUUUGAAAGUGAAACAACAGUUUGUUUUUUCUUUUUUGUAAAUUUUUGAUUCUGCUUGAAAUUUAGAAGUUUGAAUAAAAUAUUUCCAAAUCA